CUGCAGGUUUCAUUACAGAGUUGGACUGAGGACUCGAAAGACUGAGGAAGAAUCGGAGCAGGAAACUAUUUUUCUACAGCUGAUGAAGUUCAUGAGAAGAAACUGAGUGAUUGCAGGUCAUCACCAACAUGAAAAGGACCCAUCGGAAACCAGAUGACCGUGGACCUGAACCAGGACCUGGACCUGAACCUGAACCCAGCUGUUUGUCCUCCAAGCCUGACCAGUCAAAUGAACCUGGAAAAGAAUUGAAAAGUUGUGUAGCUGCUGCAGAUAUGCAGAAGGAGAGUCCUGCACCUGGACCUGGAUCCAGCUGUUUAUCCAUGAAGAGUGAAUGUUCUAUGCCUCUUCCUUUCGCUUUUGCAGUUGAAAAUAGUUUGGAUGAAAGGAUGCAGAAGGAGAGUCCUGAACCUGGACCUGGAUCCAGUUGUUUGUCCAUGAAGAGUGACCUUUCAUUGCCUCUCUUUAUAAACUUCAAAGCUGAAAAAAUUGCUGAAGGAAGGGUUCAACAGGACAGUUCAGAGUUUUCCAGCGAUCAGUCUGCAACGCAGCGAAUAGACCUGGAAUCCAUCUUUUUGCUUCUGGAGGAGAACAUGGGCACUUUUGUGAAGAACGAGCUGAAGAAGAUCCAGAUGGUUCUUUCUUCAGAUUACCCAGAUAGCAUAGAGAGUCAAAAGGACUGUCAGGAGCCGUUGGAGGGUGAGGAUGAAGAGCAGAGGAGGAGUAUCAGAGAGGCCUUUCUGAGCAUCACACUGCACUUCCUGAGGAGAAUGAAGAAAGGGAACCUUGCUGACCGUCUGCAGAGGAAAACUGUUGCCGCAGAGUGCCAGGGUAGACUAAAAGCUAACCUGAAGAAGAAGUUCCAGUGUGUGUUUGAGGGCAUUGCUAAACCAGGAAACCCAACCCUUCUGAAUCAGAUCUACACAGAGCUCUACAUCACCGAAAGGGGGACUGCAGAGGUCAAUGGUGAACAUGAGGUCAGACAAAUUGAAACAGUAUUCAGAAAACCAGAAAGACCAGAAACAACCAUCAGACAAGAAGACAUCUUUAAAGCCUUACCUGGAAGAGAUGCACCCAUUCGAGCAGUGAUGACCAAAGGAGUGGCUGGCAUUGGGAAAACAUUCUUAACACAGAAGUUCACUCUGGACUGGGCUGAAGGCAAAGCCAACCAAAACAUCCAGUUUACAUUUCCAUUCACUUUCAGAGAGCUGAAUGGGCUUAGAGAGAAAAAGUACAGCUUGGUGGAACUUGUUCAUCUGUUCUUUACUGAAACCAAAGACGCAGGAAUCUGCAGGUUCGAUCAGUUCCCGAUCCUCUUCAUCUUUGACGGUCUUGAUGAGUGUAGACUUCCUUUGGACUUCCACAACAAUGAGAUCCUGACUGAUGUUGCAGAGUCCUCCUCAUUGGAUGUGUUGCUGACAAACCUCAUCAGGGGAAACCUGCUUCCUUCUGCCCGCCUCUGGAUAACCACACGACCUGCAGCAGCCAAUAUAAUCCCUCCCAAGUGUGUGGACCUGGUGACGGAGGUCCGCGGGUUCACUGACCCACAAAAGGAAGAGUACUUCAGGAAGAAAUUCAGAGAUCAGGAGCAGGCCACCACAAUCCUUGACCACGUCAAGAGCUCACGGACCCUCCACAUCAUGUGCCACAUCCCCGUCUUCUGCUGGAUCUCUGCCACAGUUCUGGAGGAGGUGUUGAAAACCAGAGAUGGAGGUGAACUGCCCAAGACCCUGACUGAUAUGUACAUCCACUUCCUGGUGGUCCAGUCCAAAGUGAAGAACGUCAAGUAUUAUGGAGGAGUUGCAACAUAUCCACACUGGAGUCCAGAGAGCAGGAUGAUGAUUGAGUCUCUUGGAAAGCUGGCCUUUGAGCAGCUGCAGAAAGGCAACCUGGUCUUCUAUGAGUCCGACCUGACAGAGUGUGGCAUUGAUAUCAAAACAGCUUCUACAUACUCAGGAGUGUUCACACAGGUCUUUAGAGAGGAGAGAGGACUGCACCAGGACAUGGUGUACUGCUUCGUCCAUCUGAGCGUCCAGGAGUUUAUGGCUGCUCUUCAUGUCCAUCUGACCUUCAUCAACUCUGGUGUCAACCUGAUGUCAGAAGAACCAACAACGUUCUGGAUGCCUAAACUCCUCAAGGCAAAACCUAAACUAGCACAUCUCUACAAGAGUGGUGUGGACAAGGCCUUGCAGAGUCCCAACGGACACCUGGACUUGUUCCUCCGCUUCCUCCUUGGUCUUUCACUGCAGACAAAUCAGAACCACCUACGAGGCUUGUUGGAACAAACUAGAAGUUGCUCCGAGACCAACCAGGAAACGAUCCAGUACAUCAAUAGGAAGAUUGAAGAGACUCCCUCUGCAGAGGAAAGCAUCAAUCUCUUCCACUGUCUGAAUGAACUCAAUGAUUGUUCCCUAGUGGAGCAGAUCCAACUGUACUUGAGACCAGGAAGUCUCUCCACACAUGAUCUCUCUCCUGCUCUGUGGUCAGCUCUGGUCUUCAUCCUCCUGUCAUCAGAAAGCGAUCUGGACGUGUUUGACCUGAAGAAAUACUCUGCGUUAGAAGAGACGCUUGUACGGCUACUGCCAGUGGUCAAAGCAUCCAACAAAGCUCUGCUGAGUGGCUGUAACCUCUCAGAAAGUAGCUGUGAAGCUCUUUCCUCAGUUCUCAGCUCCCAGUCCUCUAGUCUGAGAGAGCUGGACCUGAGUAACAACAACCUGCAGGAUUCAGGAGUGAAGCUACUUGCAGUUGGACUGAAGAGUCCACACUGUAAACUGGAAACUAUCAGUCUGUCAGGCUGUCUGGUCACAGAGGAAGGCUGUGCUUCUCUGGCCUCAGCUCUGAGCUUGAACCCUUCCCAUCUGAGAGAGCUGGACCUGAGCUACAAUCAUCCAGGAGACUCAGGAGUGAAGCUGCUGUCGGCUCGACUGGAGGAUCCUCACUGUAGACUGGAGACUCUCAGGAUCGACCAUGGUGGACCCCAGUGGUUGAAAUCUGGCCUGAGAAAAUAUACCUGUGGACUGGAGCUGGACACAAACACAGCACACAGAGAGCUCAGAAUGUCUGACAACAACAUGAAGGUGACAUGUGUGGAGGAGGAGCAGCAAUAUACUGAGAAGUUUGAUGCCUGGAAACAGGUGAUAUGUAGCAAUGCUCUGUCUGGUCGCAGUUACUGGGAGGUGGAGUGGAGAGGAGAGGUUUAUAUAGGAGUGACCUACAGAGGAAUCCACAGGAGAGGAAACAGUAAAGACUCUCUGCUUGGGUGGAAUGACCAGUCCUGGUGUCUGAUCUGCUCUAACGGAGGUUUCUCUGUCAGGCACAAUGAGGAAAGAACCUACAUGGCUGCUUCUUCCCCCUCCUCUGGUAGAGUAGCAGUGUAUGUGGAUUAUCCUGCUGGCUCUCUGUCCUUCUACAAUAUUUACGCUGACACACUGAUCCACCUCCACACCUUCAGCACCACCUUCACCGAACCUCUUUAUCCUGGGUUUGGGUUCUGGUCACCUGGAUCAGUGUCUCUGCGUCCUCUGCAGGACUAAGAGUCCCUGCUGUGGACAGACACAUGCCUUUUCUGUCCACAGCACACCACAUGACUGCAGAUCAGCUGCUCAAAUCAAAGUUCAGUGUCUCACAACCCUAAGACAUUCAGCUGAUUUAAUUUUAACUCCUAUAUAUGUCAUUUGUUUACUUUAAAACCCAUGGAAUAUAUUCAACUGAGUUGUGAAGUUUAAGAUAAAUGUGUACAGUAAUUGUAUUUAAGGUAACGGUGCUUGUCAUUUGGUUUCCUAUUAUGGGAUCCUAACUCCUUUAAGCAUGCAUCUGGAUGUCUUCCAGCAGCUGACAUGAUUUUACUUUUUAUCCAAUCAAAGAUUGUUCAUGUUAUCAUGUUAUGUCUGUAUAUUUAAAUGAUCAGAAAACAAAAUUAAGCAAAGGUUAGCUGCAGCCGAACAGCAUGCAGAAGAAAUACUGAUUUUUGUGUGAAACUGUUUUAUUCACUGUUGUCAGUGAAAAGGAAGAGAUGAUAAAAAACAUCCUGAAGCAGGGAAUCCUGGGCGUGAGAAGACUUCAACUCCCAUGAUUCCAUGCUGUCUCACCACCACACCAAAACUCCAGAAAUCAUAGUUUUUGUUUUAUUCACUCCAACGGAUAAUCAAUUAUUAAAAUAGAUUAUUUUACUGUCGACAAAUCUUUGCAGCUACACAAAACAAAAAAAUCAUACUCAUUAUAUACGUUCUGUAUUGAAAAAGAUUACAGCAUUUGACAAAAUCUAUAUGCAAUCUAUAUUUUCAUCCAAAUUCCAUUUCCCAUUUUAUGCCAUUUUAAUACAUUUAGUUAACCAAAGAUUCAUAAUGCAACAUGUAUUAAAAUAAAUUAAACUGGAUCCGGUCAAUACAGAACACUAAUCUGUACAUUUCACAAUUAAAGUCCUGUAUAAAACAACAUAUGUUCUGCCAUUAGAGGUGUGCAGAUUUAAAACUUUAACUCAACAUACAUAUUUAAUAAAUAUUAGGUAGCCAGUAGCUCAGUACUCCUCCUGAACCUUGAACACUAACGCUCUGAUGUGCUGCCUUUAUUUUUUAUCGGUUUUAGAAAAUCACAGAUUAUACAUUUAAUUAUAUGCCAAUCUGAUAAAAACAUUAAUGCCUAUUAGUUACGUCUUUUUAUAUUUUGAAUUAUACUGUAAUUUAGUGAGUGUCAUACUGUCAUGCAUUUUCUUUGAAUACAAUAUUCAAGCUUUUGUUUAUUUGAUCACCUUUCCUAUUCACAUAUCAUCAACACUAAGCUCAGAUGUUAAGAAUGAUGAUUUCGAUGUCCAGUUUCUCAUGCAUUUCUUUACCGUGUUUUUGUUUUAUUUCCCCCAUAAGUACAUUUUUCAGAUUAUUAUUAUUAUUAUAUUUAGAUUACAUUUAUUGUAAUUGAUCAGAGACAGUUGACAGUUACUCAUGAUGUCAGUGACAGUUUGCCCAGCAGGAGCAUCAGCAUCAGUUGCACUUAUUGACUGCUUUUGAUGUAUGAACAGUCUGGGGAAUUUGUUCUCCUGCGGUCCCCCGAGGAGGAAAUGUCGUGACACGUUAGCAAUAAUCGCAUCCUCCGAGAUGAUCUGGCGCAGAGAACAGGACCGGGAGAGAUACAUCCAUCUGAAAAUCUGUCAAACGUAUACACAUAUCGCCAAAGCAUGGCAACCACAGUCCAUCGCAACCUAUUCUAUUUGUUCUGUCUCUCCUCUCAAGCUACUGCUGGGGUCCAGCAAUCGAUAAAAGGAUUUAUGAGUGAGGCAGUCAUUAUUAAAGGUCACUGUUAAAGGGUUACCUACACAUUGUGUUUAUUGUCUAAUUUGUGUUUUUGGUGAAUUUGCAGUUAGUGCCCAUUCAACAAGCAAAUUACUAAAAUGCAGUAUUCACGUUGACCCUAUACUCAAAUAAUUAGAAUGAUUGGAUAUUGCUUUCCUUAUUUGGAAAACAAUGUUCAAUUAGUGUUUAUCUUGUUCAGGCAAUGAAACAGUAAAUAAUUGGAGGUAAUUAACAACACUAAAUUCAGUGAGUACAUUUUAAGUAUUCUCUUUAGGGCUAUGUUUAAUUUAUUGGGCAAUUAAUUGAUCUACGCAAUACUAUUUGAACAGUUGGGAAGGUUACUCUAUAAAUACAUUCUGUUACAAUUUACUCUGUAAAAAAAUAACAUUAUCAUUUUUGGGUGGCUGAGUACUGCACUGUGUCUGAACAACUGAAUUUCCCCGUCAGUGAUAAAUUAAGGUUCAUCUUAUUCUUCUAAUCUGAGUAUCAAUAUAUAAAAGAAAUGUAAAAUGAUUACUUUUGGAUAACCUACCAAAUGCAAUGAAAAUACAUUUUAUAGAAAAAAUAUAUCAAUAAGAAUAAUAAAUUAUUGACAUAAGGGUAUUAUGUAACACAACAGAAAAGGGUAACCUUGACAAAGAAUAAACCAACAUAUUUAUUAUCAAAAAUGAUUUCAUGUAUAGGAAAACUUCCCUUUCAUGAUGCAUAUUUAGGCAGUAGUCUAUACACCAACAAUGAAACAUAUGAGCACAUGCUACAGUUGAAAUAAGCAGAAACAAAACCUGAGCUGACAGAAAAUGCUUUGUUUUAGUUUCAUACAUAACAUUACUUUUUGGAAGAUUCUGAAAUGCUGUAUAAAUCUUUCAACACAAGACAAUUCAAAGUGAUCACAAAUCUAAUCUUAUUACAAAGCGAAGAGAAUAAAAUAUAGAUAAAAGCAGCUAAAAUACUGUAAUACAAGUAUAAAAUACAAGAAUAAAAAGGAUUAUUUUUAAACUCUGAA